AUGAUACUUACAAGUAUCAAACCCAUUGCUUGGGCAUAUUCUGUGAUAACAUUAGGGACUGAAAUGCUAAAUUCUGUCUUCAGUUUCUACUAUGUGAAGCUUUUUUUACAUCUGUACAAGAUUUCAGAAGUGGCCUUUUACCAAGCCCAGAUGAUUUUAAUGAUCUGGAAUGCUCUUAAUGACCUGACUGGGUAUUUUCACAACAACUCUCAGGAUGACUGCUGUUCCAGUCAACAUUGUUCCGUUUUUUAUGGUGCCCCUUUAUACUCAGUAGCCUUCCUGCUUCCUUGGUUCCCUUGGAAAUACUAUCAAGAAGGUGACUGGCUUAGUGGACUUCACCUGGUGGUAUCAUUAUGUGCUUUUGAUAGCACGCUUACCUUUGUUCAGCAAGCCCAGUGUACACUGCUUGCAGAGAUUUUCACGAGACACGAAAGUCGGCUUCAGCUUAUUAAAAUUAGCCAAAUGACAUCACUGGUAGGAUCCACCAGUGUCCUUUUCUGUGCCCUCAUCUCCGAUAACAUGGAAAUUUUACUCAAUUUUCAAGCUGUUGCUGUGGUCAUUGCUAUUCUUGCCGCGGCCAGCAUUUACACUGGCAUAUACCACAUGAAACACUUUGAACCUACAAGAAGCCCUGGGGAAAACCUUUUCUCAGAAAGUGAACAGGAUCUCCCCUGGACCUCCGUGGUCUCAUUGAUGAGACAGAUCUUGACUCAGAAAAACUUUCGCCUUUUUCUGAUAAUGAAUUUCCUCCAAGUCUUCCACUUAACCUUCUUCAAUAACUUCAUGAUGAUCUUUGCAGAUAAUCUCAUUCCUAAGGAUGUUCUUCCUUCUUCCAUAAGGAGCAUCAUGUACGGGGCAGGCUUUAUUUGCCCUCAAUGCCUUGUACUUAUCAGUCAGUCCUGGCUGAAGAAGUUUGGUUACUAUAAAAUUAUCUUAAUUUCUUUCUACCUAGAAGGAACAGCCUCCAUUGUCAUGUUAUUUCUCGGACAGCAAUAUUAUUACUUUUUGGCUCUUUAUGUCACUAUUAUCAUGGUGAUUGUGCAAGCUUCUUUUCGCUUGUUUAACCUGCCACUAGCUGAUAUGGUCGAUGCAGAUUUACUGAAGUUCAGUCAGCAGUUACCCCUUUCCUCAAUGGUUUUUGGCAUCAAUGCUUUGUUUACAAAACCAGCUCAGUCUUUAGCUCCCAUGAUGAUACUCUCUAAGCUAAAAGAGUAUGGAUAUGGAAACCCAGAUAAAAGUACAAUUUUAGAUCUUCAUGAUGCUAUGUUUAAUUUGAUUUGCCUGGUCCCCCUGGGCAUUGCAGUAAUUCCGAUUCUGGUUUGGAGCCCAUUCUCACUCAGGAACAAGACAGACUACACAGGGGCUCUUUAA